AUGUCUAUCUACGCCCUUCUACCACCAUUGUCGCCCUUCCUUUUCUCCGCGCUUGUCGUAAGCGGCCUCGCCUCAAAAGCUUUGCAUAUUGCUUUACAUAUUCGUUCAUUACCGUUCCUCUACUUCGUUCUCUACUCGCCGACUCUCAUUCUCCCCGAUGUCUUCGUUAUUAUAUUGGCACGAGUGUUGUUGCGCUUCCCUGCGCCAGAAGGUCGAUGGCAAUGCGUCUCGACCGCGUUGGGUGGAGCCUUAUCUCUAAUCACAUGGGGUGCAUCCUCCAUCCAGUUCGGAUUCUUCAUGCAGACCGGCGCCGAGGUCGCCUGGGCAGCUGGAGGUAGCUUCCUCAGCGAUCCGGCCGCAAUGAAAAUCCUCCUCAGUGGCAUCUCCACCGUGUCCGCCGCAGCUACCGUCCUCGGACUCAUGUCGUGGUUGGUUCAUUCGCAUUUGUACAACCUCACCGGACUUGGGUUGCAGGCAAUCCGAGACCUGUGCGUGGGCAGCUAUAGAGCGCGGUAUACAUUAAUUGCUGCCCCUAGAAAGUCGUGCAUGGCGUCCAUGGACCUCCGAUCCCUCCGUCGCAUUAUUCCCGCUGUCGCUAUCUGUGUCUCGCUCGUGUUCUUGGAACUCACCCGCCCUUCUAUCCCGUACGACCAUCUGUCUGGCGCUCUGCCCUUGACUCUUCUUGAUGCUUUCAACAAAAAGUCCGCUACGGUAGAGGGGUGUCGCGAGCCUGUCGUGCCUUUCCCGUUGAUGACUACGGACGGCAAAGGCUUUUCCCACCCUCUGUUUCAACCGGACUCGUCGUUUGUGGAACAAUGGUCACGGGCUACUUGGCUCCCCGAAAACCCACCUCGCGGAUUCAGCCGUUGGGAUCUCAGCCCCCAUGAUCGCGCAGAGAAGGAUAACCAUUUCUCUUUCGUGUGUGGUAGUGACGACGGCGCUUUCUUCAACCCGAAAAACGACCCUCUCAAGGUCACGAAUUUGGGCGGCGAGAUAUACGAGCCACUGCAAAAGGCAUUCAAAGAGCACUCUGUUGAGGUUAACCAUGUAGUGCUGUUAACGCUGGAAAGUGGUCGUAAGGAGCUUUUCCCCACACAGCAGGGGACCCCCUUGUUCGAAGGCCUCCUCGCCUCUCACAAGAAGGAAAAUGUUGAGGAAGCAAUUGACCGCCUGGUCACCAUGACUCCGGUCGCUCAGCAGCUGACCGGUGAAUAUGCAACCGAUAGCAAAGGAAAUAAGGUUGAUUUGAGCAACUCUACUUGGCAAACCCCACCGCAGGAGGGAAUGGGUGGUCUUAAUGUCCGUGGAGCCAUGACGGGAAGCUCUUUGACUUUCAAGAGUGUUCUAGGAAGCCACUGUGGUGUCCACCCUUUGCCUGUCGAUCUUUUGGAAGAAUCUACCCUCGAAAUCUACCAACCAUGCUUGCCGCAGAUCUUCGAGUUGUUCAACCGGGGCAAGUCGCAAUCGAACGUGAACGGCAAUCAAACCGCUAGAAGCAACUCCGAGGCCGUAAAGAACCCCUGGAAGUCUGUCUUCAUGCAGUCUAUCACCGACGACUACGACCGACAGAAUAUCCUCAAUGACAACAUGGGCUUUAAGCACAAAGUCGUAAAGAGUGAUCUCGAAUCGUCGCACGCGAAGUACAAAGUUAAGGGCAAGGAAAUCAACUACUUUGGAUAUGCAGAGACUGAGCUCCGACCCUACGUGCGAGACCUCUUCGAGGAGGCCGCAAACAACAAGACUCGCAUGUUCCUUUCUCAUGUCACCAGCACAACGCAUCACCCAUGGAGCACACCAGAUGACUUCAAGAAACAGCCAUAUAUGAGCGACCAGGGUAAUAUCAACCACGACCUGAUGAAUAACUACCUGAACGCCGCGCGCUUCGUCGACAUCUGGCUCGGCGACAUCAUGAACAUGCUCCAGGAGACUGGCAUUGCCAACGAGACCCUCGUCGUAGUCGUGGGCGACCACGGCCAAGCCUUCGGUGAAGAUAACAAAGACAUGACCGGAACCUAUGAAAACGGCCACAUCAGCAACUUCCGCGUCCCGCUAGUCUUCCACCACCCCCAAAUGCCCCGCGUUGACAUCACCGCCAACGCAACCGCCCUCUCCAUUAUUCCAACCAUCCUCGACCUCCUCGUCGAGUCCAGUUCCCUCGACGAGCGCGACUCCGAAAUCGCCUCCUCCCUCCUUCCCGAAUACCAGGGCCAGUCCCUCCUACGCCCCUUCCUCACAUCAAUGGUUGAGCCCUCCCACCACGGCCACAACCCCCCACCACCUCCUCCACCCGCGCGUGACGUUUCUCAACUCGAACCCCGCUCCCACCCAGACAGUCCGCCCAAGCGCUCCGUCUGGAACAUGGGCCUGAUCAACGCCGGCGGCUCGAUGCUCUCCAUCACAACAGCUGGUAUGCCGUACCGUCUGAUCUUGCCUCUGAAGGAAGAAUUCGAGUACACCUUCACCCACCUCGGCGAGGACCCCGGCGAAACACACCUUACCAAAGCCUGGACCCUGGCUACGCUGAUCGAAGAGGUGUCGCCCAAGUUCGGCGACGAAUCCGCCGCUUGGCUUCAGGAUGCCGAGAAGGUCGGCAAGUGGUGGGUCACCGAACAAAAACGCAUCUGGGGCUACCGUGAAGCGUAG